ACACUUUCUGGAGCUAGACCGCAACCAUGGACCAACUGAUGAUUCUGUUUGCUGUUGUGUUGUCUCUGGGGACGGCUUCAGCAGCCAAUCUUGGUGUGGUUCAAACAGAAGGUGGCAGUGUUCAGGGAAGAAACAUCCCCCUCGGUCUGUUCCGCUCAGUGGAUGUUUUUAAAGGAAUCCCCUUUGCAGACAAGCCUGAAAUCCUUGAGAAACCCAAACCUCACCCUGGGUGGGAUGGAGUUCUUCAGGCAACACAGUUUGCUGAUCAAUGUCUGCAGAUAAACACAGACCAGACUUCCAGCUCUGGCAGUGAGGAUUGCCUCUAUCUGAACAUCUGGGUUCCUCAUGGCAGACAGGUGUCAUCAAACCUCCCCGUCAUGAUCUGGCUUUAUGGGGGAGGCUUCAUGGUCGGUAAUUCAAUGGGGCCAAACUUUCUGGAUAACUACCUGUACAGCGGUCAGGAGAUUGCGGACAGAGGGGAUGUCAUCGUUGUGUCUGUGGGAUAUCGUGUGGGAACUCUGGGCUUCCUCAGCACAGGGGACUCUGAUUUACCUGGAAACUAUGGUUUGUGGGACCAGCAUGCUGCUAUCGCCUGGGUGCACAGGAACAUCCGUUCAUUUGGAGGAGACCCUGAAAACAUCACUCUCUUUGGAGAGUCUGCAGGUGGAGCUAGUGUCAGUUUCCAGAGUCUUUCCCCCCACAACAAAGGACUGGUCAGAAGAGCCAUCUCCCAGAGCGGUGUCGCCUUCUGCCCAUGGGCUCUGAGCAAGAACCCACUCAAGAUUGCAGUGGAGACUGCUGAGAAGAUAGGCUGUCCCACUGAUGACAGGAUGGUGGCCUGUCUGAAAUCAACAGAUGCUGAGACUCUCACCAUGGCCACUCUCCCCAUCCAACAAGGCUCCCCAGAUCAUCCUAAUAUGUUGAGCAUGGUUCUGACUCCUGUGGUUGAUGGUGACUUCCUCCCUGAUCAGCCGGCCAACUUGUUCCACAACGCUGCUGACAUCGACUACCUUGUAGGGGUUAACAACAUGGAUGGACAUGUUUUCACCUUACCGGACAUUCCUUCCUUGGGUGACAAGAAUCAAGAGACUCCAGUAGAAGACGUGAAGAGGCUCCUCGCUGCUUACGGCAAAGACUUUGGGCAAGCUGGUUUUGAUAUUGCAUUUGCUGAGUACUCGUCUUCUUGGGAAUCAUCACCCAGCCAGGACACCAUCAAGAAGACUGCUGUGGACAUCGCUACUGACAACGGCUUCCUGGUUCCUUCACAGGUUGAACUCUACCUGCACGCUGAUAACGCCAGGUCUGGCCGCAGCUUCUCCUACCUGCUGUCUGAGCCCAGUUUACUGGCCGGACCAGGCAAACCCUACCAUGACUGGGUGGGAUCAGACCACACUGAUGACCUUCAGUAUGUGUUUGGCAAACCUUUCACCACCCCAAAGGCUUAUGGAGACAGACACAGAGACCUGUCAGGCUACAUAAUCGCCUACUGGACUAACUUUGCCAGAACUGGGGAUCCCAAUAAAGGAAACCUGAAGGUGCCUGUGUUCUGGCCUGAAUUCACCAGCAGUGGACAGAAGUUCCUGGAGAUCAAUGGUAAGAUGAACGACAGCUCCGUUGGACAGGAAAUGAGGCUCCGCUUUGUUCGUCUUUGGACCAGUAUCCUUCCCAGCCUUCAAUCAGAUGGUGUCACACAGUGAGGCUUUUUCAGUCCAAACAAGAUGCCAGAAUAAACCUUGUGAAAGAA